UAAAUAUCCGCACGCUUUGUACAGUGAUAGAUUCCGCUCUUUCGAAAUCAUCUUAAUCAAGGCCUCGUUAAAGGAAUGCAAAUAUAAAAGUGACCCAACGACGACGCGUUUGAAUAAAACGACAGAAAAUCUCGCGAGGCAACGCGAGAAAAGUGAUACUAUACGCGCGAAUCGCUGUAAAAUACACACGAGAAACUUCUCCGCCGGAAACGUCCCAGGUGACUUGUAAAAUAAGCGAAGGCGCGAAUAUCUCCGCGGUUAUCUCCGUAAACAACUGCGCAAAGCGUAUUCGCUUUGGACGAAAUCAGGGUAAGCCAGGCAAGAUCCGUAGCUCCUUGGGAUCGGGGAAAAGGAUCGCGGUAGCGUCUGGCGACAGGGGAGGCGCGAGAGAAUUCCGCUCGUAAGCUCGGAGCGCGCGAAGGUACGCGCCGAGCGGAAUGGAAGCGGCGGCUUCAGUCGGCCGCGAACCUCCGCCGAAGAACGGUCCCCAUCGUCCGGAUCGACGACGGUCCGGUAUACCCCAGCUACGACACAGACUUCUCUUCGAUCCCGUGGAAAAAGGACGAGGGGCGCAGGGUUUUUCUUUCUCCCUCGCGCGACUUCGCGGAUCCACGAAGCGGCGAUCAACCAAUGCGCGAAAUCGGAAGCGAGGCGAGGUUCAAGGAACGAGAAUGAGGACGAUCCUGCACGCGCGUUGCGACUUCUGUAACGAGUAUCUCGGCGAAUAAACGACGUGUGGGAGUAGACAUGUGGAAGUGUUGGGCCCUGUUUCUGUGCGUCGCAGGUUUAUCCUCGGCCGUUUUGGAGCCGCCGAACUUUGACAUCAACCCCUUGACCAAUCAAUCCAUAACAUUGCGACAGCAUGAACCCGUGAGACGAUUCGCGUGUCCCGUGGGAUUCUUUCGACUGAAACGAUUCUGUUAUUAUCUGAGCGCCGGCACGGCACCGUGGAGAGACGCGUACUUUCACUGCAAGGACAGAAACGCGACUCUGGCAAUAUUGGACAGAAAUGGAAAGGACAAGAUGCUGAGGAAGUACCUGAUGGGGGAUCAGUUCACGAAACUGGAGCGGUGGAUCGGCGGAAUUUUCAACUGGCAACAGAUGGCCUGGGAGUGGGGCGUAACAGGCGAAAAGAUGGUUUUCCAGAGUUUCGGGAAAAUAGAACCCGGGAGAUCUAAGAAGUACGCGUGGCAUUGCAUCAUAAUGGAUCCCUCGCUGAAGUAUAAGUGGAGUGCGAAGAGUUGCGUCGAGCGGAAGCAUUAUAUAUGCGAAGUGCCCGCCGGUCGUUUAGCUAGAAGACGCAAGAAGUCGGAUGACCCGUUUGCGCCGCAAAACCAAAGAUUAAAGCCCAGAAAGAAGGGCAAGAAGUAUUCAGACGAGCAGAGGAAGCAGCGCGAAAGGAAGAAGAAUCGACCUAAUCUGAGAGGGAAUUGGCUUGACCGAAAGGAGAAUCAACAGUGGGCCCAUGGUGUCAAGCUGGGAUCGCGACCACCUUCCAAUGUGAAGGUGCAGCCUAAAGAGCGCACGCGGCAUCGGGCGAAUAGAACCCGUUUGCAAUCGAGUGUGCCAAGGGUCGCCCAAGUGUUGCCCCAAGGGCGGGAAUACGGCGCUUUUCUAGCCAGCGGACAACAAACCCAGAACUUAGCGGAUAUGAACAGCGUUCUUUCGCAGUUUCACAAUAAGAUAAACGACUUCGCGCGGGAAGAAGUUUUGUUCAAGCCGUGAAGGAAAAACUCGAAUCAUUAUAUCGACAAUUAGUUGUAAUUGCAGCCUCGACUUAUUACCGCUCCGUUACAUAAUAUAUGCGGCUAAGAGAGAAAAAAAAACACACAUUUAAAAGAUACACUUUUGUUACAACGACACUGUUCAACUGCCAACGUUAUUUUAACUAUACUUAGAUAUUAUUUAUAAUUGUCAUCGUAAAAAUUAAUUUUGCAAGAUCGCGAAAAACUAUUACGACUGAAAGUAAUCGGGAAACAAAUCCCCUAGGGUUUCUCCUGUCUGAACGUUCAAAGUUUCCGAAAUAGAAGACCUACCGAUGUAUCAACUAACGAUCGGAAUAUUGUAGCCACCGCAUUCGAUAUUGUUACUGAUAUCUAAAUAUUCUCCGUGUACUUAUCUAUAUCGUAAUAUCAUUGCAGAAAGUUACUUAUCUCUCUCUACAAUUAUCUUCUUCCGGCUCGACGAUUAUUUUGCCGGGCAACGUCUCGCGCGAUUGAUUAAUUGUAACGCGCGCAGGAUCCACGUAUCGAUAAAAAAAUAUAUAUGUUGCUGACGCCUAUCGCAAUUUCGCGAUACGCGAAUUAGACGAGCGAUUAUAAUUAUCACUCGACAAUUAGUUAAACCGUAUUAGCGACCCUCGUUUACGCCGAUCGUAGCGCGCAGUUUUUACAAAUGAAUUGCAGCCAGUUAGGCAAAAGGCAAGACAAAACUCGAUUCUUUUUGUUAUCCAUUCUUGUGUUCGCCACACUUUUUCAUUGCUUCGUCUGUACAUAUAUCAGCGUAAGAUCGAUGUACUCUCUGUAUUUAACGAUGUAUAAUAAAAUACUGAUACGUCAA